UCUCUCUCUCUCUCUCUCUCUCUCUCUCUAUCUGUGUGUGUGUGUGUGGACUCUGGACUGUGUUAUUAUCUUAAACAAAAGACACCCUUUAACACGUGCCCAUCUCAAUCUCAAAGACUCUUUCAAUCUCUCUCUUUAUCUCCAUGUUUAGUUUGUUUCUAACUUCUCUUGUGGCUGCUGCUUCUGCUUCUGCUUCUGCUUCUGAAGCUCAACAGAGAGAGUGUGAGGGGGAAAAAAAGAUACAAUUUUUUUAGUAUUCAAUGAAAGGGGAAGUGAAGAUGAAGUCAAAGAUGAAAUGGGUUGGUCUUGUUGGGCUUGUUCUCUCAGCUUUCUCAAUCUUCACACACUUCCUACUUGCCAGAUUCACUGAAAUGGGCAUUGCAGAAUACCAAUCCUCAGUCACAAUCUUCUCUUGGAGACCCAUCUUUGACUUACAACAUUCCCCUUCAAAUAGUGCCUCAUAUAGAAGACUAUGGGGUCCUGUAAAGCGUCUUGAGUCCUUGUAUCCUGACUCAAAUCCCAGAGGAUACUAUGCUGAUCCCAGUUCACAAACAAAUGCGUUUAUUUUUGUCCGGAUACAAGGUGGCUUUCAUGACAUCAGGAAUUCGAUAUGCGAUGUGGUUGUGGUUGCUCGACUUCUUAAUGCUACAUUAGUAAUGCCUGAGAUCCUAUCAACAACCAGCAGCAAGGGAAUAAGCUCUCAGUUCAAGAGUUUUGCAUACCUAUAUAACGAGGAUCAGUUUGUACUGUCAUUAGCAAAAGAUGUCAAAGUUGUGAGAACUCUUCCAAAAGAUCUCAAGGGAGCAAGGAGGAAGAAGGAGAUUCCUGUUUUUAGAGUGCCAUAUUCAGCAUCACCAACUUAUUAUUUGCUUCGUGUUCUUCCCGUAUUAAAGAAGCAUUCAGUAGUUGAAAUAGUUAUCUCUGAAGGUGGAUGUUUGCAGCCCAUUCUUCCACCACAUUUUGAAGAGUACCAGAGGCUAAGAUGUCGAGUUGCUUUUCAUGCUCUUCGGUUCCGACAAGAAGUCCAGGAUCUUUCUGCUAGGAUUUUACAGAGGUUAAGAGCCCCAGGUCGACCAUUUAUUGCCUUUGACCCUGGCAUGACUAGAGAAGCUUUAGCAUAUCACGGUUGCGCUGAGCUUUUCCAGGACGUGCACACCGAACUGAUUCAACAUAAAAGAUCUUGGAUGAUAAAGCGUGGAUUUGUCAAGGGGAGGCUUUCUGUGAACUCAGCUGCAGCAAGGUUGAAAGGUUCUUGUCCUCUAAUGCCAGAGGAGAUUGGUAUUCUUCUGCGUGCUUAUGGAUACACAAAGGAUGCAAUUAUAUAUGUAUCCGGAGGAGAAGUCUUUGGUGGUCAAAGAACAUUGAUUGCUCUUCAUGCAAUGUUUGAAAAUGUAGUUGAUAGAACUUCUCUUAGCACCCCUUGGGAGCUGAGUAGGCUCUACGGGCAAGAGGUUAACCUAGUUAAUGCUCCUCCUGCACAUCCUUUCACCGAAGAAGUUAAAAAGCGUGCAGCUUGGAAGAAUGCAGGUCCCCGCCCUCGGCCACUUCCUCCACCUCCCGCAAGGCCAAAAUCAUAUAAUAUAGAGGGUUGGUGGGGUUGGGUAGCAGAAAGCGACAAUGAGCCGGAUAGCACUGUCAUGGAAUUGAGGACCAAUGCCCAUAAAUUACUAUGGGAGGCUAUUGACUAUGCGGUUUGUGUUGAAGCUGAUGUAUUUAUCCCUGGAUUUGACCGUGACGGCAAGGGGCAUCCGAACUUUGCUAGCUUGGUGAUGGGUCACAGGCUAUAUCAGUCAGCUGCAUCAAAGACAUUUAGACCUGACAGAAAAGAAGCUGUUAAACUUGUAGAUGAGAUCCGGAACCACACAUAUCAAGCAAAUCAUACCUGGCUAACAUCAGUUCGAAGGCAUUUGAGAAAAACAUUACUUGAUGGAAUUAUAGAAGCAUCAAAUAAUUCUAAACCAUUAUCCUUUCUAUCGCAUCCAGUCCCUGAAUGUUCUUGCUCAAGGCACAACGCCAACGAAGUAUCAAAUAAUUCUUCUGUUCCCUCAGCUUCCCAAAUUUGGACAGCGCUUGGUGUUUCUCAUCAAUGUCCUGCAUGGAUGGACGCUGGUCCAGUUUCUCAAACAAAAGAUAAGGAAAAUGAAGACGAUCUAGCCGACGAUGAUUCAAUAUCUGGAUUAUUCUUUGCACCAAGUGGUGUAAAUCAAGGUGGUGGUGAAGCAGAAGUAAGCACUAAAGAAGAAAAUCAAUUUGAGGAUCAAGAUGAACUUGAGGGUGGGGAAAGAUGACAUCAAUAUAAUAUGUUAAUGGAUUCACAUUCUCAAGAUAUAUUGUUCAUAAAUCAAUUUUGCUUCCAACUGUUGCCAUAUUGGAUUCAAUCUGGGUGCAAGAAGUGGCGUGAAGUCAUUGAGAUGUGGCUUUGUAACUCUGAUUCAGGAAAUUCAGUAGCAAGAAUCAUCCAUACCUGUGCCUUUUCACAGCUCAAUUCCUCAAAUAUAAGCAUGAAAGGCUAAAUUAUUGACCCAGAUUUUUAAGUUUUGAUGUGACCUAGCAAGAAAGGUGUAGUUAUUAUUAGGUUUAGGUCAGUAGUUUGAAUUUUUUGUUAGGGAACUUCUGGUUUUCUCUCAUGCAUAGUUUUACAGACUGCAUUCAACUAAUGUAAAUCCACUUUUGCAACUGU